CUCCUCGUAUGCUUGUAUUAUUAGUUCAUUGGGUUUGAUUUUGCUGACAGCGACCAAACGUGGUUUUAUAUCUUCAAACUCUGAACUUCUUCUGGCACAAGCUUCUUCAAUUUUUUGUAAAACACUUCGAAUACCUUGUUUUACAUUUAUUUCAGCCAUGGCUCUGAUCAUUAUUUCAUAAUUCAAUUAUUUGUUAUAAUGAAUAUUUUAUCAUUAAUUAUAUAGGGAGAUAAAUUAAUUACCUAAUUCAAAAACAAACUGAUUUUUUCACUUUUUUGUAUCUUCAGUCCUCUCUCACAUCUUCCUCAACCGGAUCUAGAAGGAUUAUUGAGCGGAUUUGAAGUGCACUGAGUCUAUGCUUGUCUUUUUCUACCAGCUUGUAUAAGAAAGAGAUAAAAACAUAUUGUUUUCUGCACUGCUACCAAUAGAAUUCGCAAACAGAAAAAUAAUUGAGGUUGUGUUAUUAAUAAUUUUUAUUUUGAAAACUGGAAAGUAGGAAAAGAUUGAAAAGAUGAAUAUUACCUUAAUAAAAACAAUUCCCAAUAUCCUAAAAUUCCCAGCAGCUAAUUCGGCAAGGCUUCUCCACCUUACAGCAGUCUCUAACAAAAACCAAGCAGGAAGAUAUAAAAAUACCCCGAGAAAAAACUUCCCUCUCACCUACGAAAUGGCUAACCCACCUCAUCAGAUAGCUCACAGGAAGUCCUGGAAUUCCUGGAACACUUCAAAUGUAGAAGGAGGCAAUAGACCAUCAGAAACAGCUGUAGAAGACCAAUUUAUAAGAAAAUUUGUGCAAGGUACUUGGCACGCUCUAUUUGUAAGUGAAAUCAUUAUUAAAAGACAACACAAUCUUAUAAGGAUAGCUGGAUUGGUGCAUAGAGGAGUGAUGCCAAGAAAAAUGUAUUUUUUAAUUGGUUAUACGGAAGAGUUUUUGAGUUUUUGGUUGCAGUGUCCUAUCAAAAUGGAACUACAGAGUGUAGCAGAUAAACGACAUGUAGUAUUCAAAUAUGUAUAGAAACUUCAUUUAAAGUAAUAUAUAAAUUUAUAAAUGGUA